UUAGCAAAUUAGCAUAUUUUUUUGCAAAAAGUCAAUUACAUGUGCGAACGCGAAUGAGAUAGCAACACGGUGUGAGAGACGCUGCAUUGGUUAAAAAGAGUCAAAUAUAGAUUUACGAAGUGGGUUAGCAAAACAAUCAAUGAAAUGCAUGGAUUUAGAAGAGAGAAUUGUUAACCGGCAGAUUAGGGAAUGCGAGAAUGAAGAAAUAAAUUCAUGAUAAGCCAGUAAACGUCACACCACCAUAUAUCAACGACCACACACACGCAUAAACUCCGAGCACACACCGAGACCUCCUCAUUCUCAUCAAACAAGACGACACUCCUCUGGCUUGCUUAAUCAAUUAGCUCGACACACCACACAAACUUAAACCUCAGUUCAUUUUGGUCAGUCUAGUUUUGUACUCGAAGCGAAGCGUGCGUGUCCGGCAUUAAAGCUCCUCAGCACACACACACACAUACACAUUGACAGAAUGGCGUCCAACGAACUACAGUCGCCGACGAGCGAAAUGGUGUUGCUUACACCAAACACUGAGAAUCCGCCCAGCAUUGUGGCAGCUGCGACCAAGGAUAAGGAUGCCAAGCGAGAGGGAUCUGCCGAAUCGGACAGCAGUCGUGUUGUGAUGAAGAAACAGUUGGGCUUACUCGAAGGUGUGGCCAUUAUACUGGGAAUUAUAUUUGGCUCGGGCAUAUUUGUUUCGCCCAAAGGUGUCCUGCAGGAGGUGGAAGCAGUGGGCACCUCCCUGGUCAUUUGGGUGCUAUGUGGCUUGCUCUCCAUGAUCGGUGCUCUUUGCUAUGCGGAACUGGGUACAGCCAUACCCAAGUCUGGCGGGGAUUAUGCCUAUAUAUUCGAGGCAUACGGCUCACUGCCGGCUUUCUUAUAUCUAUGGGAUGCCAUGAUGAUAUUUGUGCCGACGACAAAUGCCAUAAUGGGUCUAACAUUCGCCUCCUAUGUGCUGCAGCCCUUUUUCGCCGAUGGCUGCGAGAUACCAAAACUUGCACUGCAGCUGUUGGCAGCGGUUACCAUCUGCUUUCUGACCUACUUGAACUGCUAUUAUAUGAAGGUGACAACGAAAAUGCAAAACGUUAUCAUGUUCACCAAAAUAGCGGCUUUGGUAUUGAUCAUUAUCGUUGGGUCCAUCUGGAUGCUGAUGGGUCAUACGGAGAACUUUGAUAAGCCUUUUGAGAAUACCGAAACCGAUCCUGGCAAGCUAUCGGUGGCAUUCUAUUCGGGCAUUUUCUCAUAUGCCGGCUGGAACUAUUUGAAUUUCAUGACCGAAGAGCUGCGCGAUCCAUAUCGCAAUUUACCGCGUGCCAUUUAUAUAUCAUUGCCCUUGGUAACUGGCAUUUAUGUGCUGGCCAAUAUGGCCUAUCUGGCUGUGCUAUCGGCACCCGAGAUGAUCGCUUCCAAUGCCAUUGCUGUGACCUUUGGCAACAAAAUUAUGGGCAACUUUGCUCUCAUCAUACCCAUUAUGGUGGCCAUCUCGGCUUUUGGCGGUCUUUCAGUACACAUUAUGACAUCGUCGCGUAUGUGUUUUGUGGGCGCGCGAAAUGGACAUAUGCCCGCAGUGCUCUCUCAUAUCAGUGUUAAGAGCUACACGCCGUUGCCUUCUCUAGCUUUUCUGUGUCUGCUCUCAAUUGUGAUGCUGCUUGUGAGCGAUGUGUAUGUGCUUAUCACUUAUUCCAGCAUUGUGGAGUCUUUCUUUAUUAUGCUAUCGGUGUCGGCUGUUUUGUACUUUCGCUACAAGCGCCCCAAUAUGGAUCGGCCAAUUAAAGUCUCAUUGUGGAUACCCGCAGUGUUUGUCGUUGUGUGCGCCUUUCUGGUAGUCGUUCCGGUUUAUGUUGCGCCAUUUGAGGUCGCUAUGGGCUUGCUAAUAACACUAAUUGGCAUCCCAUUCUAUUACGUCGGCAUCGUGUGGAAGAACAAACCAAUAUGGGUGCAGCACGCGAUUGAUUCAUUGACAUUUACGUGCCAAAAACUCUUUUUGUCCGCCAAGGAGGAGAAAGAGGAUUAAUUAAAGACAAGGAUAUAAAUAAGAGAAUUCAUCACAAAUAUACAAUACAUCACAAUCAAUACAUCACAAUCGAUACAUCAUAAAAAAGGAAGGAAAGAACGUUGACCAUAAGUGCAAAGACAUCGAAUAUUAUUUUUGAUAUAUUUAUGUAUUUGACACAGUUGUGGACUACGUAAAUUGUUAAGUUCCAGUUAUAAUGCUUUCUGUAUACCACAAAUUAGAGAUUGGUUUAUAUUUUCAUAUUUACGUGACGAGGAACAGUUUGUAAAUUGUUAUUAUCUAACUUAUUUCGAUCUGAUUUGUAUCAUGUACUAUAGACUAGAUGUUUAAAAUAUUUUUGGCCAGACCACAUAUGUGUGCUUAGGUAGGUUUUUAAAUUAUAUUACUAUUAUCUUGUUAGACCAAAGUCCACCAAUGUAAUAUGCCAAAGUUCAUAAUACAUAUAUAAUUUAUUCAUCACAGA